GUUUGUGUUCCAUCGCACACUCACGAAAAUUUUACAAAUUGUACAGUAUAAAGUAAUCGAGCAGUAUUUAGUUAGUAAAAGCAAAACAAAUCACGAAAUGCCCAAACCAAAGGCAAAAGCGAAGCUAAAAUCCAAAGCGGCGGCAGCAGCCGCAUCAAAAAGGGAGGCGACCAAGAACAACAAUGCCGUUUCGGCCGAAAAGGAAAACCAAAUGGAGAUCAGUGAUCCGACCUCCGUUCCCAUCCGGGAACAAUGCAGAGGAUUCGCGGAAUCCAUGUACACAAUAAUGCGUCACGCGGAAUUUAAGGAGUCAGCAAGGAGCUGCAGCAACUGUACUCGAGGAUGGGCCACCAAGAGUUUCUGAACACAUUCAUCAAUGUGCUGAAGACUGUACUCGAGGCGGAGGAGAGCAACGAGAACGGUAACAAGGCCCUGUUCUUUUGCGCGAAAUUCGUGACCAGCUUCGAGUCGGAGAAGACGCACCCCAUGAUGACUGAAACAUUCCACUGGCUGUUGACUACAUAUUCCAGCAGUCCGCACGUUCGCUAUCGGAUUUGCUACUUUGUGAAUCUGAUACUUGAGACACUGGGACCCAAUGCGGCACUCGACGACACGCAGUGCGACGAGAUUCUCGAGACUAUGCUGGAGCGCGUGAAGGACGUGUCGGCCGGUGUGCGCAAGCAAGCAGUCCUGGCCAUGCAGCGUUUCCAGAUUCCGGACAAUCCCGUCGAUCCAGUUGUCUGCGCCUAUCAGUUCCAUCUGUCUGCGGAUCCCUUGUCCAGCGUGCGCCAGUGCAUUAUCACCUGCAUGGGCCGCAACUACAUCACGGUGCCCUACAUACUGCAGCGUCUGUGGGACGUGGACGAGAAGGUGCGCCGCCAUACGUACGUCAACAUGUGCAACUAUCCAGUGCGCGCCUACAGGGUGGCGCAGCGCCUGACCCUCCUGGAGCAAGGUCUGAACGACAGCUCGGCCAACGUUAAAAAGACGGUGGUAAACAUCAUGCUUAAGGCCUUGAUCGACUCCUACCAACAGAACUAUGUGGCUCUGAUAGCGGCCCUCAAGCUGGACUCCAGCGAGGAAGAGCUGGUUCGUUUCCGGAGCGUGACCAAGCAAAUGUUGCGUGAAAUCUUUGAGCAGACCGACAAUCAGCAACUGAUGGCACAACUGCCCCUCGGUGACGACUGUGAGCUGCAUCGAUGUGUACCGCUGGAAUGUCUCAACGUGGAGCUGUUGCUCUAUUGGCAGUGCCUCGGCGACUAUCUGGAGAGCACGCAGGCGGACGAAAGCGACCAGGUGCUGCCCGAACUAAGUGUCUUCUGCACCUAUGUGAACAAGUUCUGUGAGAGCCAGAAACCGGACAUGGACAAGUUCGCCCAGAUAGAGUUCCAGAACAUGCUGCUUUCGCUGGUGGAAAUCCUGGACUCGUACGACCUGGGCGACGAGAUUGGGCGUAGCAAUAUGAAGACGUUGAUCAAAAAUCUAUUGAAGGACUGUCUGCUCGACCACAAGAUCGUCCGCGUGCUCGUGCGUUGCAUGGAGAAGCUGAUCACCGACCUCAAUGACCGGAUGCAGUUCUUCAUUGAGAUCAUCUACGAGACGUGUGACCUUAAUACCAAGCAGAAUGAGCUAGUGCACGAUCGCAAUCUGAUCAGUACGUUGCUGGACGACUUGGACACGCCCUCGAAGAUGAAGAUAUCCUCGUUGAAGGUGAAGAUCUUAGAGCUGGAGGAACAGGAGGAUAACUUUGGGCGCCAGAAGGAGUAUAUACAGGCUCAGUCCGUGAAUAAGGAGAAGAUGGCUGUCACAGAGGAGUACACGGAGCUGAUCAAACCGCUGCUGGUGAAGCACGGCUUUCUGGACAUGCCCGCCCGUCCGAAGCUCUCCAACCAGGAGCGUGUCCUGAAAGGCCUGUUCACCUCAUACUAUAUGGUGGCCUCUCCGCAUGUCCAGAAGCUCACUCCCAGCAUAUGUAAGCUGUACAAGGACUUCAUUUGCCGCCAUCUCCACUCCUCGGAUGUGGACGUCUUCGAAUGGGCCAUCAAAUGCGGCAACGCCUACAGUAUGUUCUAUGAGGCAUACACCGAGACGGUGUUCCGGGUUGUAUACCAUCAGUUCUACAAUAGCAAGGAGGUCCGUCUGUGCGAGACCUCUGUCAGCUGUCUUCUCGAGCUGAUGGAUCACUAUGGCAUCGACUAUGUCGACAAGUUGAGCCGGAAGAUAGGUGCUAGGGGUGGCUGUUGUGGUGGGGGUGGGGGGCUGGGGUCUAAGACGUCCAAUCGCCGCCAGCUCUAUACCGUGCAGGAUACAUACGACGGGGAGGAGGAUGGCGAUCAGACAGUGCAGAACAGCGAGCAUAGCGUCGACAUCAUUAUGGCGAUGGGCCGCAAUAUGGAAAUGGUGGUCGACAAGGGCGUGAGCCUGGCCAUAGUGCGAGGCCUUUGUCGCUUGGUCCUGCGCGGUCACAUCGACGAUCGGCCCGAGGUGCUCGAGCAGCUGCUCAAACGCUACUUCAAUCCCAACGCAGAGCCAAUCAUCAGCCAGGUCCUGGGCAUGUUCUUUGAGAACCUUGUCCGCCUCAAGAAGCAGGCGCUUCUGCAGACCUGCCUUCUGCCCACUCUGUGGACCGUCAUGAACUGCAGCUUCGACGCGCCGCUGAACGCCGUUCGGCCCGAUUACAUGGUCAAGUUCUUCAUAGAUUUGACGAUUCAGGAAGCCAGCUCCCCGAAGAGCAACAUACACAACAGGAUCGCUCUGAGCUUCCUGCACUACAUACAGAACUAUUUCACCGAGCGCAGGGAAAUGUGUCGCCUGCUGGCCAAAGAGCUCACCAACCUCACUAUUAACGUGCUCAACGGACAUGAAGUCAAGACUGAAAUGUUGGAGAUGGCAGACAAACUGAUCACGAGCGAACUAGAGCCGCGUGUGGUCAAGAACAUUAAAGUCUUUAAGACGAUGCUCGACGGUAGCUUUAAUCCACCAUCACGUGAGGCGCGCGACGAUCUGGAAAGCGACGAGGAGUGCGACACUGCGACUGUGGCAUCUGAAAAUGAAGUGCAGUCAGAGCAGGUGUCAGUCACAAAUCCUGAAAAAUCUGCGACCGAACAAACCCUGACAAACGCAUCUGAUCCACAGGCUGAAGCAUCGGCUAUAGCACCAACUGCAACGCAAGUUUCAGAGCCUAUCUUAACCUUUUUCGGCACUGAGAAUCGAGUAGGACAACGUUUCCUGCGUCGCUCUCUAUAUAACUCGAGAUGCUCCAGUGAUAGUGCCACAUCCGGGGAAACAGUGGAAACGGAGGCGGCCGAAACAUCCAGAAGAAAUCUCCGUCGGCCGCAGAUGAAGCGCCGUCUAGAGCUGGCAUUGGCGAGGGCUUCCACGACCCCGGAGAAGCAGCCGCAAGAGCAGGACGUUCAUGAGAGUUCAGACGAAUUUGAUAGAAAUGAAUCUCAACAAAGUCCUGCCCGGACAGACAAGUUGGACACAUCCGAGGUAAUUGAGGCCUCGCCCACCCCCGAAUCACCCAAAAACGCGACUGCACGCAAUGGCAGCCACCUGCGCCUGCGCUCGUUGCGCACCAGAUCCGCUGCCGUAAUAGCAUCCACCUCAACAUCCUUCACUGCCCCCACAGCUAGCAAAGUUCGCAAGGUCCUGCAUCUUGAGACUUCGCUGCGUAAUGGACGCAAGCGCGUCAUAAGACGGACGCCUUCAGAUCAAAGGAAAUCCAGCCAGCGUUCCAGCAAUUCGUUGGAGUCGCCCUCGAGAAAACAGCACCGCGUCGAUGAAAAGACGCCGAGGAGAGAGCUGGUGUCGCAGAACAAGAGAAAGAGAAUUGAGUUCCAGUGGCAGUGAUAGCCAGACCUCCAGAAACGCAGUCAGAGGCAGAGUCCGUAUCGGAAUCGAAACCAUCGACCUCUAGGCAAUCAUCGACGAGUUACUUGACUAAAACUCUGUCCUCAAGGGUGACAACACGCCGUGCGGCACAAAAGGAGAGGAUUAGCAGCAUGUGCAUGACACGCAAAAGAAUGUCCCUCGAAAUGAAUCUGAGCGGUGGAGCGUAGUUCAGCCUGCCACUGAAGGCAGCGUCACUCGCAGCAGCAGCAGGCGGAAAUAGCUAAUCCAAGAAUCAUUUGCAUUCUGUGCUUUUCGUUUCCGUUUCCGGAAUGGAUUCGAGUUUUAUGUGCAUUGGUUUUGUGUAUAAUAUGUGUAAAUUAGAUAGAAAUAUUAACGAAUCGUUGAGUAAUUUAACCCAGAUUUAGAUUAACAUUUUCCAAGCGAGCAUGCAAGGGAACACAGAAGCUUGGAAUCUUACAGCGUCAUUAUAUCAACGCUCACGCAGUUCAGUCUCGAAAGGGGCGUCCACUGUAACCAUUGUUAAAUGUAAGAAUAAAGUUGUCUUUAUAAAAAA